AGAGCGGGAGAGAAGGAGGGAUAUGAAAGGAGGGCAAUAGACAGCCAUUACCGAAUCACAGCCUCCAUACUGCUGCUCCGUCUACCGGGCCGGUGCGGACCGACACGAUCUGUGUUCAUCAAGCCGGCGGAGAGGCGUGUUUUGUCGGGAUUUAAAAGCGAGCAUCUUCGCCUCAGCGCGCGUUAACGGGAACUACCGUUAUACGCCCCUUGGCGAGAUGUCUUCCUCGGAUGAGGAGACGCUGAGCGAGCGCUCGUGUAUGAGCGAGCGUUCGUUUCGUAGCGAGAGAUCAGGGGGCUCUCUCUCACCGUGUGCGCACAGCACUGCCGGAGACACCCUACCAUGGAAUUUAUCCAAACAUGAGAGGCGCAAACGCAAGAGCCAGGAUUCGGUGCUGGACCCCGCAGAGAGGGCGGUGGUACGAGUAGCAGAUGAACGAGACAGGGUGCAGAAGAAAACUUUCACGAAAUGGGUCAACAAGCACCUCAUAAAGGUGCGGAAGCACAUCAACGACCUGUAUGAAGAUCUAAGGGAUGGACAUAAUCUCAUCUCCUUGCUCGAGGUGCUGUCUGGUGUCACGUUGCACAAGGGCGGGUCAGUCCAGCGGAGAGCGUGCGUGUCACGCGCCCCCCCACUCAUCCUGCUGUGUGGGGAGGAUGAGGAGGCUGGAGCUCAGGGACCCAGGGAAAAAGGCCGCAUGCGAUUUCACAGACUGCAGAAUGUGCAGAUUGCCUUAGACUUCCUCAAGCAGAGACAGGUCAAACUGGUGAAUAUACGCAAUGAUGACAUCACAGAUGGGAACCCGAAACUGACAUUGGGUCUGAUCUGGACCAUUAUCCUUCACUUCCAGAUUUCAGAGAUCUAUGUAAGCGGCGAGUCGGGUGACCUCACUGCGAAAGAGAAACUGUUAAUAUGGAGUCAACAGGCCACAGAGGGCUAUCCUGGUCUGCGCUGCGUCAAUUUCUCCUCCUGCUGGAGCGACGGACGCUUAUUCAAUGCCAUUCUGCACAGAUACAGGCCGGACCUGAUAGACAUGGAUGUAGUCGCACGACAGAGCAACCGUGAGAAUCUAGAACAGGCCUUCGAGAUUGCUGAGUCAUUAGGUGUAACACAACUUCUAGACGCUGAAGAUGUAGAUGUGUCGUCGCCAGAUGAGAAGUCUGUCAUCACAUACGUCUCCUCAAUCUAUGAUGCUUUCCCAAAGAUCCCAGAUGGUGGCAUUGCAGCACAUGAUGUUGACCAGCGAUGGGGGGAGUACCAGUCUGGCUUCUCUUCUCUGCUGCAGUGGACCAGGCAACAUACGGCCCUCAUGGCCAACAGGAGCUUCCCCCACAAUCCUGUGGAACUUAAGGCACUUUACAAUGAAUAUGUCCACUUUAAGGAAACGGAGAUCCCUGCCAAGGAGGGAGAGAAGACCCACAUCGAACACCUUUACAAGCUUCUGGAGACAUGGAUAGAGUUUGGGCGUAUUAAGCUUCCCCAAGGGCUACAUCCUAACGACCUGGAGGAGGAAUGGGGAAAACUGAUCCUGGAGAUGCUGGAGAGAGAAAAGGCAAUGAGACCUGCUGUGGAAAGGUUGGAGUCACUUCUGCAAAAGGCCAAUAAGAUCCAGAACAUGGCUUUGGAUUGUGAAGAGAAACUCACACUGGCCAAAAACACUUUGCAGGCUGACGUGUCUAAUCUGGAGAACGGACAGCCGGUGCGAUGUGAGAAUGAAAUGGGGUUGUAUCUGCAGGACUGUGAAGGCUUGGUCAGACAGCUUCACCAUGAACUGCAGGUCCUCAGAGAUGAGAAAUACUAUCAAGUUGAGCAGCUGGCAUUCAGGGUAUCGUGUCUGCAGGAGGAGCUGGUCUCCCUACGCCUGCAGUGCGCCAGUGUGUACAGAAAGGGUAAUUUUUCUACAGGAGGUCUGUUGGGAGAGCAUGCCGGUCAGAAGGGGUCUGCAGGCAGUUUGGCUACAUUGGGAGCACAGACACUGCUGGGAGCAGCGGGCGCGGUGGCAUCCCUGCUUAGACGGCCGAUGUCUCGCGCAGACCUGGUCGCCAUGUCGUCUUCAGAGGAUGAAGGGAGCUUGAGGUUCAUCUACGAGCUGCUGGGUUGGGUGGAAGAGACGCAGGACCUGCUGGAGCGGGCUGAGUGGGGUUCAGACCUGCCAUCUGUCGAACAACACCUGCAGGACCAUCACAUCAUUCACACGGCAGUCGAGGGUCUUUUGAAUAGCCUCAAAGAGGCACAAAACUACAAGUCAAGGGUCUCACCUAAUUUACGUAGCAGUUACUCCGAAACUCUAUCCAAGCUGGAGAACCAGUAUUGCAAACUGCUAGAACAUUCGUCAUGGCGACUGCGUUGCCUGGAGAGCCUUCAAGCGUUUGUGUCCCAGUGCACCGAGGAGCUGAUUUGGCUGAAUGAGAGAGAGGAGGAGGAGCUGGCUUUCGACUGGAGCGAUGGCAAUACCAACAUGGCUGCCAAAAAAGAGCAAUAUGCUGAAAUGAGGUCAGAGCUGGAGGAGAAACAGGAAGUGAUGCGCUCCCUCCAGGAGACAGCUGACCACCUGCGUCAUGAGAACCAUCCAGCCAAACAAACCGUAGAGGCGUACAGUGCUGCCCUGCAGACGCAGUGGCAGUGGGUGAAAGAGCUUUGCGUAUGUGUGGAGCAACAUCUCAAGGACAACACUGCCUACUUCCAGUUCAUGAGUGAUGCACGGGACUGUGAGAGCUAUCUACGCCAGCUUCAGGACACCAUUAAGAGACAAUACACCUGUGAUAAAAACAGCAGACUUGCCAGAUUAGAGGACCUGCUGCAGGACUCAAUGGAGGAGAAAGAACAGCUGAUUGAAUACCGCAGUACCGUGGCCAGCCUUGUAGGCCGGGCCAAGUCCGUGGUUCAGCUCCGGCCGCGCAGCGCUGAUAGUAACCUGGGCACCACGACGCCCAUUCGCACCAUCUGUGACUAUCGACAAAUAGAGAUCACCAUCAGUAAAGGAGAAGAGUGUGUAUUGGAGGAUAACUCUCAAAGGACUAAGUGGAAGGUCAUCAGUCCUACAGGAAAUGAGGCCAUGGUACCAUCUGUGUGUUUCACUGUCCCUCCACCCAAUCAGGAGGCCAUUGACACUGCCAGCAGAAUGGAGCAGAUGUAUCAGAACGUCAUGUCUCUGUGGCACCAGCUACAUGUUAACAUGAAGAGCGUUGUUUCUUGGCACUACCUGCAGAAAGACAUACAAAAUAUUUCCUCUUGGAGUUUAGACAAAAUGCGUUUGCAGGCCCCGGCAGAAAGACAGCAAGCUUUGGACAACCUGGACGCCCAUCUUUCCGACUUCCUUACGGACAGUCGCGAGAGCUCCCUCUUCACACCGGGUGAGCGACGUGACCUAGAGGAGGAAGCUGAGAACUGUCGUGAACAUUGUCAAACGCUGCUGGUCUCUCUGGAGACGGUGGAGAAAGACGAGUCGGUCUCUCGCGCCUAUCUCUCUGAGCUGCAGAGCAUCAAGUCACAUCUGGAGGAUGCAGAGAGCAGACUCAUGCGUGGCAUACAGGCUCCACAAGCCAGCGGUAUACCAGGAGAUGUGGUAGACUGUGUAGUACACAUAGCAGAGCAAGAGAAGCUACAGCAGGAUCUUAAAGGUCUUCAGUCAGAUUUAAGUGAGGUGUCUCGUCGCUGUGUGACGUUCUUUGAGGAGAAACCCACCUCGUCCAGCGUGCCUGUUUUGCGCUCUGAGCUCAACCUGGCUGUGGAGCACAUUGAGAAACUCAACUCCCUAUCAUCUGUUUAUCUGUACAAAUUAAAGACGGUGGAUGUGUUGAUGAGAAGCCUGCAGGCAGCUGAAAGUCAGGUGAAAAAGUUUGAGAGUCGACUGAGUGAAGAGGAUAUCGUGCCUGCUGAUACCGCUGCAAUUCAGGCCUUAGGAGAGCAGUUAAAGAAAUGGCAUUCAGAGCUUCAAGAACAGGAUCACAUCUUCCAGACUCUGAAUUUGGAGGUGCAGCAGGCUCGAGAGGCUGGGAACCAGCUAAGCCAGCUGCACCCCGACCGCAGCCCCGAACUGGACCGCUACCAAGAGAAAGCACACCAGCUCGCUGAGAGGUGGAACGGAGUACGCAGGCAAAUGGAGACGCGGCAAGCGGAUCUGGAGUUGUUGGGUUCAGUGUUGCAGCACUACAGAGAAGGACACGACUCUCUCAUCCGCUGGAUAGAGGAGACCACGGAAAGACAGGAAAACACACAGCCCGAGCAGACGGAUAGCAGAGCUCUCUCAGAGCAGCUCGCACAACAAACGGCCUUGGUGGCUGAGAUUGAACAGAACCAGACCAAACUGGAUGAGUGCCAGACACAAUCUAAACAUUACUGCUCUGCUGUUAAGGACUAUGAACUUCAGCUUAUGACAUUUAGAGCUUUUGUAGAAUCAACCCAGAAAUCCCCUGUGAAAAGGAGAAGGAUGCACUCCUCAUCAGAUGUGAUCACUCAAGAGUUUAUGGAUCUACGCACACGAUACACAGCUCUAGUGACCCUGACAACACAACAUGUAAAGUACAUUAGCGAUGCACUACGCCGACUGGAGGAGGAAGAGAAAGAGGUAGAAGAGGAGAAGCAGGCACGGGUCGGGCAGGUCUCAGAGCUGCUCGGCUGGACGAAAGGUUUGCAGGAUCGUGCUGGCAGAUCUGCAGAGCCAUCACUUGCUGCACAGCAGGCCAUAAGUGAGCAGUUGGCAGGUAAAAAAGAAGAGGUUGCUGAAGCAAUAAGGAGCACACAAGUCUUCCUGAUGUCAAAACAGGCCAGCAAGCUGUCUGCAGAAGAGCGGGCACAGGUGACCUCCCAACUGGAUGAACUCACAGCCACUUACACUCAACUGUGUGACAGCUCGGCUGCCCAGUUACAACAACUGGAGCAACAGCUGGCUAAAGAGGAGGAACGCAAGAGCCAUGGUAUCAUCACUGGAGUAAUUGACCUUGGAACCAUGGAAACCUUUCCAGUCUUUCAGGCAGCACAACGUGGCCUCAUCGACCAGGACACUUGUCAUGUACUGUUGGAGGCACAACUCAUCAUGGGUGGUCUAUUCCAACCAGAUUCCUCUGAUAAACUCACUUUAGACAAGAGUCUUUCCAGUGGUUUGAUUGAUAAAAUCACCUACCAGUCACUGGUUGAGUUGGAAACUGCACUGUGUCUUGCCAACAAGGCACAAUUUACUGAGAGUCAAGUAUUACCAGUAGCUGCUGCUAUGGAAGAAGGUGUCAUAACAGAGCUGGUGGGGCUCCGUUUACUUGAAUUGCAGGCAAGCACUGGCUGUCUCAAGGCUUGUGGAGAAUUUGUCAGUCUGGAUAAUGCAAGACAGAGGGAAUUGCUGUCCGACACUCUUUUUCAUAAGUUGCAGUCAUGUCUUAACCGUCGAGAGCUAAUUGAUCCAAAUACAGCAGAAAAGCUAAGACUUGUUGACUUUCAGCAGCGUUGUGUUAUCAAUGAGGAGACAGGUCUGCUGUUGCUUCCAGUUAAACAGAAGCCAAGUGGAACUGUGUGUUUAUCCUCUGGCAGAACGGUAGGAAUAUUCUGUGCUGUUCAAGAAGGGCUCAUUGACAGACACGUCACAAUUCGACUUCUUGAGGCUCAGUUGUUUGCAGGAGGAAUCCCUGACCCCCGCUCAGGACACAGAUUGACUGUGAAUGAGGCUGUGCAGCAUGGCCUGAUAGAUCAGGACUUAGCAUGCACCCUCAUUGCACGGCAGUUGCAAGCGGGAGGAAUAAUAGAUCCAGUAAGCCGGGAGCGUCUACAGUUAGAUGACGCCAUACAAAGAGACCUUAUCUCUCCACGCAUUGCCUUACGUGUGUUGGAGUCUCUCCAAUCUUUUAGGGCAAUACUGUGGCCAGAAUCAGGGAAUAUGCUCUCUGUAAGUGAGGCGUUUCAGCAGCGUGUUGUCAAUAGAGAGCUUGCCCUGAAAGUGUUGAGCAAACGUUGUUCUGUUGAUGCAUUGUAUCUACCUGAGAGUAGGCAGAUGAUCCCUCUAGAUAAAGCUAAAGAGGUACUUGAGCCACAGGCAGUAGAUAUCCUAAAUCAGACUCAGUUUCCAGAUGUUCUUCCACAUUUGACUCAGUCUGAUUCUUUUUACAUGAACCGAUUGUGUAUGGGCUCUGCCUCCUCUUCAUCAUCACCUCCCUCACAUGCAGACAUCCGUUAUGAGUCUUCUAUCACGAAGGAAGGCAGGUCAAAUGAGGGGGAUCAAAACCACCUUCUUACUCACUUAAUGACCCACAGCUACAUAAAUGCUCACUCAGGAGAAAGACUUAUCCUGCUACAACCAGAAUUGGUAGAUGUGCUGGGUAGAAAUGUUCAAACUACAAACCUUGCGACAAGACCAGUGCAACAAGAAAACUCUGAAAACAUUAGAGUAAGAGGAGACAGCAGAGCUGUGACCAUGUUUCAGGGCAGUAUGGAAGAAAACACUAUGUUAACAGAGGAGAAUGAAGAACCUAUGAUUAAAAAAGAUGAAGUUGUCAAGAUUAACACUGAAUUGGGGGAGACUGAAGAAAAAGUAAAGAAAGAUCUUGUACCCUUAAUAGGAACAGAUAAAGCCAUUGAAGAGCAUUCCCCUAAAUCCGACUGGCAAGAAAAUGUUUUGUCAUCAGAAAAAUAUGAAGGACCCAAGAUUAAAAAACAAGAAAUUGCCAAAAUAAGCACUGAAAUUAGAUUGGAAGAAAGAGAAGAGGAAGCUCUUCCACACUUUGUAGACACAGUCACUUUAAGAGACCCCUCACAUCAAGCAGAGUGGCAAGCAAAAGAUCUAUCAUCAGGAGAACAUGACAAACAAAAAAAUAAAAGGGAGGAACUUUCCAGUAGGGAUACUGAUAUGGAAGAGAUUACAGAGGAAACAGAGGAUGAUCUUGCACCCUUGGCAGGCACAAACAUAGCAUCUAUGGAGACGUCAAGCAAAGAGAUUUGCCAAGUAAAAGUUUCAUUAGAAGGGUAUCAACAACCCAAGACUGAAAUGUCUAACAAAAAUACCGUUAUAGGAAAAUCUAAAGAAAAAACAGUGGAAGAUUUUCAAACAUCAAACAUGCAAGCCACAGGCAGUGCUUUUAAAGACCCUUCACAUAAGGACAACUGGCAAGAGAAAGUUCUGUCAUCAGAAGAUGAUGAAAAACUCCAGUAUAAAGGAGAUGAAAUAUCCACAAAGAUUAGAGAGACUGUAGAAAGAGCAAAUGAAGAUCUUCCUCCCUUGGAAAGCACAGAUAGUGCUUUUAUAGACCCUUCAGAUAAAGUGGACUGGCAAGAGAAAGUUCUGUCAUCAGGUGAAAGCAAAGAGCCCUAUGACAAAGAAGAUCAAAGUCCCAGAAAGAACAUUGAAUUGAGAGAGACUAUAGAAAGAGCAGAAGUAGAUCUUGCAGCGUUGACAGGCACAGUUGAAGAGGUUUUGCAUGAGAAUAUUCUGUCAUCAGCAGAAUAUGAAGUCCCCAUGAUUAUAAAAGAUACAAUUCCCUGUAAGAACACAGAUAUGAGAGAGAAUAUAGGAAGAGCAGAUAAAGAUUUUGUACCCUUAAAAGGCACAGAAAGUGCUUUAAUUGAGCCUUCACAGAAGGAUUUAUGUAAUGUAAACAUUUUGUCAGUAGGGGAAUAUGAAGAACACAAGAAAACUCCCUGCAAGGACUAUGAUACUGAGUCUAUUGAAAGAACACCCUUGACAGAGACCGGUAAAACUUCUACAGUGUCUUCACAUACAAGUUCAUCCUUACUAAAGACUGUAUCAGAGAAUGGAACUCAGGAUCAAAAUCAGAGUAUCAAUUCCACACUUAAUAAACCUAAAAAUGAAGAAAGUCUAAAAAUGAAACAAUCUGAGAAAAGUGGAAAUGUUAUGGAGAUGACUGAGCAAAAAGUGUUUGAAAUGGGUGAAAGCAGUUCUCAAUCUUCAUUCCAUGAAACAGCAAAAUUAACACUAAAUAAAUCUGAAAAUAAAGAAAGUUUAAAAAUGGAACAACCAGACAAAAAUGAAAAAGUUAUGGAGAAGACUGAUCAAAAAGUGUUUGAAAUGAGUGAAAGCAGUUCUCAAUCUUCAUUCCAUGAAACGGCAAAAUUAGGACAAUAUGACCCAUCAAAAAUGAAGACUUCAUCAGUAGAGCUGAGUGAUGAUGAAAAGCUUGAAUAUAUGGCUAUGGAACUGCAACAAGAUGGUCUUGUAACUAUUUGUGGACAGAAAGUUAUUUUGGAUGAAGCUGUGGUGCAGGGUUUGCUUCCAGGUCAUUCUGAAUCCUCAUUCCAUGAAACAGCAAAAUUAGGACAAUAUGACCCAUCAAAAAUGAAGACUUCAUCAGUAGAGCUGAGUGAUGAUGAAAAGCUUGAGUAUAUGGCUAUGGAACUGCAACAAGAUGGUCUUGUUACUAUUGGUGGACAGAAAGUUCUUUUGGAUGAAGCUGUGGUGCAGGGUUUGCUUCCAGGUCACACUGCUAUUAGGCUUACAGCAAAAGCCAAACUUUUUGGUGGUUUUCUAGAUGCUCAUGCUUGCAAGUCACUUAGUUUUGAAGAUGUGAUGCAAGAAGGCCUGUUGGAUGAGGACCUGAUGACUUGUGUUCUUUGUUCAGAAAGGAUUUUAGCCGGUGUAGUAGAUGUGGAGCAUGGUCGGCUCUGCUCAAUAAAGGAUGCUGCUGAGGCAGGCCUUUUGGAUGCAGAUACAGCAGCUCGUCUUCUUGAAGCCCAGGUUGUGUCUGGAGGUAUAGUUGAUUUGCGAAGGGACAAGAAAGUAUCAGUUACCCUUGCGGCCAGCCUUGGAUUGAUCGAGGAGAGUAGGAAAGAGGAACUUCUUGCUCUGGAGAAGUCAUGCCAGGGAAAAUUUUCAGAUCCAGAUGCAACACACACCAAGUUGGCAUUACAACUUCAGAUGAAUGGAGUGGUGGACCCUAAAACCAAAACAGCUGUGCCACUAAAAGAAGCUCUUCAGACAGGUUUAAUCAGAGAGGAGGAGGCUCAGCAGAUUUUAUGCCAACAGGUUGCGGAAGGUGGCAUUUUACAUCAUGGGUCUGGUGUUCGCCUCAAUGUUGUGGAUGCACAAGAUCAGGGUCUCAUCAGUCACACCAUAACUCCAAAGUUAGAGGAACUUGAAAGAGCUUUCAGGGGCCAAGAGCAGCUUAGUUUGAAUCCAGACGCUACACUUCUUCAAGCAUCUACAGGUUCCAUUUAUGAUAAUGCUUCAAAAACUAGGCUUACUUUGACUGAGGCUGUUUCCAAAAGCCUUAUAGAUGACAAAAUCGCAAACAAAGCUAUGACCUCACCCACUCUGAAAAGAGGGUUGUUGGACCCUCAUAAUGCUCGUAUUGUGCCCUACUCUGAGAUGAUAAGCCAAGGUAAAAUUGACAUUGAGACAGGACAGAGGUUCCUUGAAGUAAGACCAUUCAGAGGUAUUCCAAAUAACCAAACUAAUGAAAUGAUGACAUUACCGCAGGCAGUAAAGACAGGAAAAGUUGAUCCCAUACCUGCACUCAGAGUACUGCAGAGUCAAGCAGAUACAGGUGGUAUCAUUGACAUUGACAGUGGAAAGCGUUUGCCUCUUCAAGAAGCUGUCAAUAGAGGCUUUGUUGAUGAAGCCAUGGCUAAAUGUAUUGCAACAAAUCAAGUCUCGAAAGGGGGGUUGCUUGAUCCAGCCACUGGACGGAGGGUCUGCAGCAUUACUGAGGCAGUUCAGUGUGGUCUUAUUUCUAGAGAAAUGGCUGCAGAGAUUUAUGUAGAUGAAGAUGCGAGCAAACCAGUCUCUUUAACAAAUGCAACAUCUUUUCCUGCUGUUCCUCAGGUUGCAUCAGAUCAGGUUAGCCCUGUAGUGAGUACCCCAUCUCUUACAGAGGCUGAAAUUAAAACUGCUGAUCUUCUGAAAAAAGAAGUAACCUCAAGCGUUGACAUUUCUGAACACAGUCCUAACUUAAAAAACAAAGAGCAAGGUCUUGAUGCAAGCUUAUCACAUGAAAUGACUGUGCAGAAGAGCACUGACAUAUCAAUAGAAGUCCUGACUGAAUUUGCUUCGAAAGCAGAAAAAAGGCUUACGCAGGCCAUUGAGGAGGUAAAGCCCCCUAAAUCCGAAGAUAUCACAUCAAUUCAGCCAAGCCCUGACAAUUUUCCACAGAUUUCUGAGAUUGAACGGCAAGAGGUGGCCAAUAAUAACUUAUCACCUUCACCAGACCAUACCACAGAAGUUGAGAUCCAGAGCAAGACAGAAAGUGCUAUCUCCACAACCAAUUUGUCAGACACCACAGAUUACUUGCACAAGGAAAACAUCCCAUAUGUAGAGCGAACAGAAAGAGAUUCAGAUAUCCAGAGGCAGCCAGUAAACGAAAUUGCAAUCUCAAAAGCCAUUAUUUCUGAGAACACAGAUAACUUGCACAAGAGGGAACAAGCCCCAGAGCAAACAGAAGUGCAUAGUUUCAAAGUAAAAGCACAUGAAUCAGAGUGUGAAAUAGAGGAAAACAAGGACAACCUGAUGACUACAUUAGAUGUAUGUGCUUCCACUCCAACAAGAGCUGCUAAUGUAACAGGAAAAAAGAAAGGCAGGGGGAAAAAUGGUAAGCAAGCUAAAUUGGAAAAUGAACGUGAUGAAAAGUCGCAAGAGGUCUGUCAAACCAUUGUUUCACAGAGGUGUCUCACAAAUACUGAGGAUAGUGAAAAAGAUGCUGGUCAAAAGAACUUAAAUGAUGAUAAAGUAGAAAAGGUGACCGAAAAAGAGUUGUCAGAGACAACCCAUACAAGUGUUAACAUGGCAUCUGUGCCAGGAAGAGAUGAGAAUGCUCAAGUCAAAGCUUUAAAGAUUACUAGAUCUGCUAAUGGAACAGAGACUUCCAAGCACUCUGAUCAUAAGGAGUAUAAUGCAGGCCACAAAGAAAAGACUGAAAUACAGCACAGUGCCACAACUUCUAUAGCAAAACCUGAGCAGGAACCAGAAGCCGCCCUUAAGGAUCUUGGUAAUGAACAAGAGAAGAAAAAGAAGAAGAAACAUAAAGGUAAAAAAGCUAAGCAAAUGGUUGUUGUUGAAGUUGAAAGAGCAAGAGAAAGAGAUGAGGAUGUUGAGAAAGAUCAGAAGACCGUGAUUCAUGAGGUCCAACCUCAAAGCAAUCAAUCGAAUGAAAAUGAAAAUGAAAGGCAACUUGAGAAAGUCAACCAGGCGAAGGCACAGAAAGAAGUACUUUUGAUGAAAGCUAAGGAAAGCAUUCUUAGGAAGGUGUUUGAGCGAGGGGUCAGUGAAAAACAAGCUGCUGAAGAACUAGAAGCAAUGCGGCAGGUGGCCAGCAGUGGAGAACUACGAGUAGCCGCCAAAGCUGAAUCCACUGAAAAAAAGAAAAGCAGUAAGCUUCCUAAAAUUAAGAAGGAUGAUAAAUUACACCACACUGGGCAAGAGAUGAAGGAUCAAAGGCCAAUGCUGAAGAUGCCAGAGCAACUACUACCUCUGUCUGAGUCUCAUGCUUGUUCCACAGUUGAAGCACAACUUGAUAAACAGAAAGAAGUGCAACAUGACAGUCAUACAAACAGAGAAUUAAAUGACGAUAAGGAAAGUCAGCAUAUGUCUACUAAGACCUCUGAUGAGAUUGUGGACCAGCAAAAACUGAUUACAGUCCAGAAUUUAGAUUGGCAAGUAAAUGGUAGAAAAGCAGAAGAAGAAAGCAUUGAGCCGUUAUGUACAGAAGAUGGAAAGUUGUUAGACACAAUGGGUGAAUUGACUUCAUCAAACAUUAUGGUAUCUGAUGGUCAUGAAGAUGUAAAAUCAAUAGCCUACAAAAGUGUCCCCGAUAUCCUGGCAAUAAAGGACUCUGAAGAGUUUUUGUUAAGUGAGGUCUCUUCUCACAAAGGACAAGAGACCAAAACACCAAUAGACAGAGUAAACAGUGAGCCUCAGCCAGACAAAGAAACCACAUAUGAGCCUUCCAUCCAAGAAUCUAAGAUAUCUAGACUUUCUCUUGUUGAGGAGAUCCCAGAGUUUGAUACCACAAAGAGAGAAGAGGUAGAAGAGCAUACAGAGGGUUUAGUGGAAGGGACGCCUGAAGAAAUUCAGAUGGAAACUGAACAAAUGAACAGGGACUCUACAAAAUCAAGCAAGUCCUCACUUGCUCGCCAAGAGUGCUUAGAACACGACCAACAGAUUGUGGCUCUGCUCUCCAUGGUGAGACACAUCGAGGUGCGUCUUAAACAACAGCAGCAACAGUCUGUUGGUCGAAGUCUUGCUGCGCUAGAUGACAUCAUCAGACAGACAGAGACCCUUUGUCUGGAAAUUAGUGACCUUGAACCAGAAGUGCACAAAAAAACUGAAGCAGCCAAGCAUCUCCUGAAGGCUAACCCCCAGGAUGUACCACCUCAGUUGCUUACAGCCCUGGAGAAAGAUGAGCGAAGUUUAUCUCGUACAUACAGUGCAGCUGUGGACCUUUCCCAAAAUACUUUGCAGGGAUUGCAAGUACAACGAGAUGCACAAAAAGAAGCUGUAAGUAAUCGGCUGAGAUCUCUGGAAGAACGAGUUGACAACAUUCUCAGCUGGCUUAAGAAGACUGAGACUCAAAUGGAGGAAGAAACAGGGGUAGAUGAGGAGAAGGCAAGAGAUAAAAGCAUUUCUGAUAAGAUCAAGAAAAAGCAACAGUUGUGCAAGGAGCUUCAGAAUGCUCUAGCAGCCCGAUCCAAUGAAGUCAGCACUGUGGCGUUUGAUAUUCAGGUGUUUAUCUCGGAGCAUGCUCAGGAUCUGUUACCUGAUCAGAGCAGGCAUCUUCUUGGACACCUGGAGCAGUUACAGAGGCUCUUCCACCAGGCUGUCGGUCACACUCAUGCCAGAGCAGAAGCACUGUCAGCCCAGCUGUUGAGAGAAGAGGAACGAAUAAGGAAUGAGCAGAAAGAAAAUGAAGAGAAACUGGAGAAAGAAAGACAAACUACAAGAGAUAGAGAGGUUGUGGAGCAGCAAAAGGCGGAAUGCUCUCAAAAACUGGAGAAUCUUACAAUGUGGUUGGCUGGUGCUGCCAGCCUCCUGGCCAAUCAGAGAAGGGGAGCCGAGACUGAUGAUGUAAGCACGUUACAACAGAAGCAAAAAGAGCUCAAGGAGGUGGAGAAGGACCUUCAGACCAAAAGUGAAGCAUUAAUGGAGACUAUGCGCUCAGUGGAAGAGUUUCUGGCUGAACGGGGUGACAGUUUGAGUCCUGAAGAGAGGAACAAACUACAGGAGGCUCUUUCACAAAUGAAGGAACAGCACAAUUCACUUACAAACUCCAUCCACUCUUCGCUUGACCAGGUGGACAAUGCCAUCGUCACAACGCUUCAGCAGAACACACAGAGAGCAAAAGCAGAGGAGCAAAUGCAGGAAACACAAGAAAAAAUUGACACACUGUUCAGAGAAUUGUCAACACUGGACGAGUCGAAGAGGAGGUCGAUUGAAGAGACCGUCACUGACUCUUCAUCAUCUGUAUCAACAGAAAAUGCCCUUAAUUCUCAUAGUGAAAUGCUUCAGACCGAGCUGCAGCAGUUACAAGCUCAGCAGGCUCACCUUCAGCAAGUGGCCCAAUCCGUCCGCUCCCUGCUGGAACAGCCAGACUCCAGCGUGCCACAGGAGGAAAAGCAACGCUUGCGUGCCAAGCUGGACCAGCUGCAGAGUCAACAUCAGGAGAAGCUUCAGAGCUGUCAGGACAGACUGAGGCGGGCAGAUGCCCUUAGAGAUGAGCUUGCCAAGUUUGUACAAGAGCACGGGAACCUGGGAACAUGGCUAGAUCAGAGCGAACAAGAGCUACGUUCACUCGGGGAAGGUGAAACUGAUGCUAAAGGCCUGAAAGACAGGAUGGAGGAGCACAAAAAGCUUUCAGAGGAUGUUAUCUGUCACAAGGCAGACCUGCGCUUUGUGACCAUCUCUGGCCAGAAGGUUUUGGACUCCGUACAGGGAGCUCUUGAGAGGGAAAGCAGUACUGAUCCAGCUCUGGAGGACGCUAGGCAACUAGUGAACGAGAAGCUCCAGGAUGCCACCCAGCGCUAUAAUUCAUUACAUAGCAAAUCCUCAGAACUUGGCACCCGUCUCUCAGGUCUCCUGGACCGAUAUCAGCAAUACCAAGAUGAGGCUGGAUCUUUGGGCUCCUGGCUGAGCACUCAAGAAAAGAAUGAGAGUAUAUUUAAGUCCAGCGGAGAGCAAGCUGACACGCAGGCGCUUCAGCGUGCACUCAGUACCGUACAGGAUGAGUUGGCUGAACGUACUGUACAACUAGAAAAGGUUAAGAGAGCAGGAAAAGAGCUAGUUAACAGCCAAGAGUCCCCUACUCUUCAAAUAGCAGAUAUAAAUAACACUACAGAUGCUUUGGAGAAGCGAUUCGAAACUCUGUCUGAUUCUGUGUCACUAAGAGCCGAGCAGCUCCAAACAGCUGUUGCCCAGUCAGUAAGCGUUCAGGAGGGGCUUAAAGCACUUUUGGCAUGGUUGGAUGGCCUGCCUUUAUCUUCUGCCCCAGUCCAGCCUACUACUCAAGCAGCUCAGGAUGCUCUGACACAAAAUCAGAAACUACGUCAAGAAUUGCUUUCGAGGCAGGGCAGCGUAGAUGCCACAUUCGACUCUGUAUCAAAGCUGUUGAAGUCUGCAGAUGCAUCAACUGCAAGUGGCCUGCAGGGGGCACUGCAGGAUUUGACUCAGCGCUACACAGAGGCCCAGGCCAAACAGGCCGAAAGAGAGACCGAGUUACGGGCGCUUUUGCCCAAGUUGGAGAGCUUUGAGCGUCAGAGCGCAGACCUCCGCAGCUUCACGCAGAGUCGUGAAAGAGCUCUCACGCCAGUAGGCCAGCCGGACUGCAGUGUGGAGGACUAUAGACAGACUGUAGAGGAGGUGAAAGCAGAAAUUGCCCAAGAGUCAGGUCAGUUAAAGUCAUUUGUGGAGCUUGGUUCAGACCUGAGCCAAUCUGGGAUUUUUGCCAAUGUCCAAAGCCUUCAAGACACAACCAAAGAGAUUUCUGAAGAGUUUGCACGCCUUGAAUCCAAUGCCAACGAGAGGUUCGAUUGCAUUCAAAGCUGUGCACAGCAGUUAGCUCAGUUUCGCUCGUGCUCUGGCUCCCUCCUCAGGUGGCUGCAAGCCGUGCAAGAGCAGCUACCAUGCAAAGAGCCCAACCUCAGCACAGAAAGCCUGCAGAGGAGAGCACAACAGCUUAAAGAUCUGCUCACAGAAUGGGAAACCCAAGGAAGUCAAGUUCAAGAGUUGAACAAGAGCGGUUCACAAUUGGAGAGCCUUGUCAUUAACAUAACAGCCCCAAAGAACAAGACUGGUGUUCCCCACCUCAAUGGUGCUUCCAGUCCCAGCAGUGUUAAUGGCAUUCACACUUGUAAAGACCUAACAGAGAUCCAGGUGUCAGUGGCAGACGUGAACAGCAGGUAUGAACAGCUGGGCAGUGACUUAAGGGAGAGAAAGUGUAAACAGGAAGCCUCGCUCGACCUGCGGCAGAAGGCCAGACAAGGUACCGAGGCACUCGUCCAGUGGCUGGGCCCUCGUGAACAAAGCCUGAUCCAAGGGCAGACCGCCUCACCCUCCCGGCCAGAGGUGGUACGUGCUCAGGCCCAAGAGACCAAGGCUUUAAUCUCAGAGCUCGCUGAGCAUUCUGGGAAAGUGGAGGAUCUCAAGAACAUCCUAAAGCAGCUAAUCACAGAAAAUCCAGAUUCUCCCGAAGCAGAGACAUGGAAACGUCAGCUUGAAGACUUAGACUCACGGUGGAAGAAGGCCAAUCAGACUGCAGCACAGAGGCAGACUGAAUUGGAGGCGUGUGCUGAUAGGCUGGGUAGUUUUGCAUCAGCAGCCGGUCAACUUGGCCCAUGGCUGAGAGAGAAGGAGCUGAUGAUGAGUGUACUGGGCCCACUAAGUAUCGACCCCAACAUGCUUAACACACAGAAACAGCAAGUGCAGUUCAUGCUACGUGAGUUUGAGACCAGGCAACCUCAGUUUGACCAGCUGAGACAGGCAGCAGAAGGAAUUCUCUCCCCAUCUGCAGAUGAGGACUCUGGUGAUGGCAAAGAUCUAGAGGAGGUGAGACGGGAGCUGGCCGACAUUUCACAACAGUGGGAAGACCUCACGUCUCGCCUCACCGGCCGCUCCCGGCACAUCGAGCAGGCGCAGGGGACAAGCCAGAGUUAUCUGGCCCUCCUCAAGGAACUGUCCCAGAGUGUGGCCGAUCUGGGCGAGAGACUGGAUGCGCAGGCUUCUCUAAGUGCCCAGCCUGAGGCGUUGCGCCGCAGGCUUCAGGAGACCGGGGAGAUUCGUGCUGAGCUGGAGCAGAGGAGGAGUCAGUUGGCUCAGGCUGAGCAGCUGUGUACAGAGCUUAGCACGAUUGUGGCUGAACCGUAUCUCAGAGACGAGUUGCACAAAAGACUGGAGAGUGUGAGCGGUCCUCUGAAGAGCUUAGAAGAAAGGGCUGCUGAUGGCUUGUCCCAGCUGCAGGCCACGCUGUCCAGCACUCAACAAUUCCAGCAGAUGUUCGAUGAGCUUCGUGGUUGGAUGGACGGGCAGGUUGGAAAUCACACAGCUGCUACUUCUGAACCCUUACCUUGCCAACCUGAUGCCCUGAAGAGCCUUCUCAUCCAGCAGGAGGAUUUCCAAAGAAACAUUGCACAGCAACGUGGGUCCUAUGAGCUCAUCCAGGCUGAAGGGGCAUCUCUUCUGGCAUCCCUCCCUGCUGGAAAUGAGCGAUUAGCCUUACAGACUCGACUAAACACCUUACGGCAAGAUUGGGAGGGCUUAAACCAACAAACCACCGAAAAACAUGGGAGAAUAAAAGAGACGCUGUCCCGUGCCGAACUUUACCGACAACAUCGCGAUGAGCUUCUCCCCAUGGUGACAGAAUAUGAGGCGAGGGAGACUGAGAUCCAUCCAUCACUGGACCCUCCCGCCUUAGAUGAGGCUUUGCAAAAGGCUAGACAGCUAAAACUCGACCUGGAUUGUCGGCGCCCCCUCUUGGAUUCCCUGAACUCCGCGGCAGAUCAGCUGCUCGAGCAGGGAUGUGUUGGUGAAGAGAAUGUGAGGGAUGAGAAAGCCCAAGUUAACCGUAGGGUGGACGGGCUAUCCGAGCGAUUGCAGGAACGCACGGCCCAGCUGGACGAGUUGGGAAGCAGGUUAAAAGAGUUCGAAGACGGGAGACAGGCUGUGGAAAGACGACUGGAGGCCGCCAAGCAUCAGAUCGAAGUGCAAGAGGCGCUAGGACCACAAGCUUGCAGCAAUAAAAGCCUGGAGCGUCUGCGCAGCCAGCAGGAGCUGUUGAACUCCGUGCAGCCGCAGGUGGUGUACCUGCGUAAUUUGGCUCAGGGUCUGGUGCAGGAUGCGCCACAGAUAUCCGGGGUCAGCGAAGACGGUGGCCAGCGGCUGUUACAACAGGCUCUUGACACGGAAAGAGAGUUUGAAGAAGUUACUGAGAAGACUGAACAGUGCUGCUCAUCCCUGGAGUCUCGGUUGCAGGGCGUGGGAGAGGUCCAGUCACGGGUACGUGACGUGUUCUCCCGCCUGGCUGAUUUGGACGAUGAGCUGGACAGUCUUAGCCCUGUAGGUCGAGAUUCUGACUCCUUGGCCUCACAGGCUGAUGCUGUCCGGGGUUUCCUGAGCCGACUCGAUGCCCUUCGUUCUGAGCUCGAGGGUCAUGGUGGAGAGUGCACUACUAUGCUCCGUAGAGAGGGGAGCUCUCCAGAUCUCCUGGCCCUCAGGAGAGAGACUGAAGCCUUGAGCAGACAAGCAGGCAAGCUGGGAGAACGGGGCCAGAAUAGGCUGGCACUCAUACAAGCAGCAGAGGAGCGUGUAAAGGAGUUUUACACCCGUCUGGCUGAACUGCAGGGGUUGCUGGGACGAGCAGAAGAUGGGCUUAAUACACAGGCUGUUGUGGGGACGGAGGUGGACGUCAUCAAAGAGCAACUUCAGGAAUUUAAGGCUGUGGAAAGGGAACAGGUAGACAGCAUUCAACCUAAACUGCAGCAUGUCAACGCUGUGGGUCAAGGUCUUAUCCAGAGUGCCGCCAAACACACGGACACUCAGGGUCUGGAGCACGACCUGGAGACCACCAACCUUCGCUGGAACUCUCUCAACAAGAGGGUCGCUGAAAGAAUCGCACAGCUACAGGAGGCCCUGUUGCAUUGUGGGAAGUUUCAAGAUGCCCUGGAGCCGCUCUUGAGCUGGUUGAGUGACACAGAAGAACUCAUAGCCAAUCAGAAGCCUCCGUCGGCUGAGUACCGUGUGGUGAAGGCUCAAAUUCAGGAGCAGAAGCUUCUGCAGCGUUUGCUGGAUGACCGUCGUGGGACGGUAGAAAUGAUCCGAGCAGAAGGAGAGCGUAUCGCUGUCACGGCCGAGACACAAGACAGAGACAAAAUCCAGAAGCAGCUAAAGAGUCUCGGAGAGAGAUGGACAAACUUACUGGAAAAGGCCAGCGGCAGGCAACGGCAACUGGAGGAGUUGCAGGUGUUGGCGCUGCAGUUUCAUGAAGCCGUGGAGCCGCUCGGGGAGUGGUUGAGUGCCACGGAGAGACGCCUGAGCUCUGCUGAGCCAAUGGGAACACAGACCUCUAAAAUCACACAACAGAUUGCAAGGCACAAGGCUUUCCAAGAGGAUGUGUCCUCUCGGGACAAAGAGGUAGACCACCUCGAGACUCUCAGCCAAUCGCUGAAUCCGCUCAGCUGCGCGGCUGAUCGCGAUUGGCUGGGCGAACGCGUGAGGGCGGUGCGCAGUGGGCACACAGGGCUGCGUGAUUGGUGCGAUCGGAGAGCGGCCAUGCUGGAGCAGGCCUUGGCCAAUGCACAGCUGUUUGGAGAGGAAGAGGUGGAGGUCCUAAACUGGCUAGCAGAGGUGGCUCAGAGACUGGCUGAUGUUUCCGUGCAAAAUUAUCAGCCGGAUCUGCUAGAGCAACAACACAAAUACACACUGGCUCUUAAUGAAGAGAUUAUCAGCCGGAAGAAGACAGUCGAUCAGGCCAUUAAAAACGGACAGGCGCUGCUCAAACAAACCACUGGUGAGGAGGUCCUGCUGAUUCAGGAGAAGCUUGAUGGUAUCAAAAGCCGCUAUGCAGAGAUGACAGCGGGCAGCAGCAAAGCCCUUCGCACUCUUGAACAGGCCCUUCAACUUGCCACUCGAUUUGCCAGCGCGCACGAUGACAUCAACCAAUGGCUGGAUGCCAUGGAGGCGGAGCUUAACAACAGUGAGCCAGACACGACACCGGCCUAUCAAGACAGGCAAAGAGAGCUGAAGUGUGUGUCUGCCGAAAAGCGUUUGGUUUUGGACACCGUGAACGAGGUAGGAAGUGCCUUACUGGAUCUGGUCCCCUGGCGUGCACGGGAAGGCCUGGACCGCCUUGUUGCUGAUGCUAAUCAACGUUACCGCCACGCUGACGAAACCAUUACACAAAGAGUGCAGUUAGUGCAGGCUGCCAUCCAGAGGUCACAGCAGUAUGAGGAAGCAGUGGACGCAGAGCUGGCCUGGGUCGGAGAGACGGAGAGGAAGUUGGCGUCACUGGGACCUCUCAGUCUGGAGCCUGAUGUGACUGUGGCUCAGCUCCAAGUGCAAAGAGCCUUCAACAUCGACAUCAUCCGUCACAAAGACACCAUAGACCAACUGCUAAAGACGCGAGAGGACAUACUGGAGAGCUGCAGUGAAGAACAGAGAGAUGCCCUGAAGGUGAAAACGGAUUCUUUAAGUGCCCGUUAUGAAACUGUCAAUCAGAGUCAUGCUGAGCGCUUCUCGGCUCUGGAGCGGGCUCAGGUGCUGGUGGCGCGGUUCUGGGAGACUUACGAAGAACUCGAACCCUUUUUGGGUGAAACUGAGACACUGAUUACCCAGUUGCCCCCUCCUGCUAUUGAUACGGAGACACUCAGGCAACAGCAGGACCAGAUGAGGCUUUUGAGGGAGUCUAUAGCGGAGCACAAGCCGCACAUAGACAAACUGUUAAAGAUCGGCCCACAGCUGGCAGAGCUAAGUGCACAGGAAGGGGAAACAGUCAAGCAGCGUUAUAAUAACGCAGAGAGACGUUACAUUAAAAUCAAAGAGGAGGUCAAAGGUCGAGCCACAGCCCUGGAUGAAGCCGUCUCACAGUCCGCGCAGUUUCAUGAUAAGAUGGACCCGCUGUUGGAGACUCUGGAGGGGGCGGUUCAUCGUCUGCGGCAGCCCCCUCCGGUGGCGGCCGAGGUGGACAAGAUCCGAGAGCAGCUGGCGGAGCACCGGGCUACGGGACUGGAGUUGGACAAACUCCUGCCUUCCUUCAGCGCCCUGUGCACCCGCGGAGAAGAGCUCAUCAGCCGCGCUCCCCACGACGAUCCUGCCGCUCAGGCGGUGCGUUCCCGACUCCUACGGCUACGCUCCCUGUGGGAUGAAAUCAGGCAGAGAGCAGAGGAGAGAGAAGGAAAACUUCAGGAUGUUCUGGAUCUCUCCGGGAAGUUUUGGGCAGACAUGGCCGCUCUGCUGAGCACGCUGCGUGACUCUCAGGACAUUGUAAAAGAGCUGGAGGAUCCAGGGGUGGAUCCUUCACUCAUAAAGCAACAGAUAGAGGCAGCAGAGGCUAUUAAGGCAGAGACUGAUGGUCUGAGGGAAGAACUGGAGAUUGUGCGCACCCUGGGUGCUGAUCUCAUCUUUGCCUGUGGAGAGACUGAAAAACCAGAGGUCAAGAAGACCAUCGAUGAGGUAAGUCACGCAAAGAGCACCCUAUGA